GUUGAGGCUUCUACCGGAUUCAAUGGCUGUCAUGCCUAGAUACGUAAAGAACUGCCGCCUUUGGGAGUGGAACGUCUAAAGUCUCGCCUCGCCCUUCACUACUACCCAUUAAUGCAUUAAGAUGGGUUGACCUCUACAUCACAGCCGAUCGGCAACCCAGCUCAACAACCUGAACCCUGACAAUCAAUAUCAGUGAAAUGCUGUGCUGGGAAGGACGAAGCUCAACCCAGAUGGAUGUGUGCCAGCGGCCUUCGUAUUGUCCGGCACGAAGCAACUGGGGCCAUACAAAUGCGCGAAACACUACCUACAAUUCUUCAACAACACUACCACAGAACCCCUUCUGCAAGCUAUCGGAAUUCGAGAGCGAUGCGUCCGAUAUCCAGUACGUUGAGGAGUACCACUCGUACCAGCUCUCCUGCUACGUCCAGCCCUCAGCAAUAACGCCUACGGACGACGACAACAAGAGCACGGCAGCCACCGCUUCCCACCAAGAAGGAAAGCCGCCAUCACGCCUUUGGCUGCGCAGAACAUUGCAAUCCGCCGGCAGCCUGCUAUCGAUUGCCAAGGAGACUAUUCGAGCUGCGGGAUUGACUACCGCGAGGAGGCUGGAUCAAGCUCGUGCGGAUAUCAGCACAUGGUGGUUGGCUAGCCGAAGGAUGCGACUAUGGUUGGGACGAUUGAGGAAAGCCUUGCCCAUCAUCAUACUGAGCAGACUCGUGGCUCAGUGGAUCUUGGCGCAAGACCGGCCCGUCUACGUCCUGGUCCACGUAUGCCAGUCAUGGUCAGUCGUAGUCAGUGUUGUACCAGAGCCAGUAGCUCGCACCGAAAGUGGUCAUAUGUAAGGCUCUCUGCUGGAUCUUUAGCAUGGCAUUUGAGUCCUACGUCCACCGGAUAAGCGGCCGCGCGAAUGGUAGAGUGGAUGGAUUAGACGUCGUGAAGAGCCGGCUCUGGUACCAUGCCAAACCCAUAAGGAGAUGAGUUCUGUAAGUUACAACAUUUGACAACUUCA